UCUGACUUUAACGAUGCUGAAUAAUUCAGGCCCAGUGGCCAAACUCUACCUGUCCAUCAUGGAUGAUGUGAUUGACAGCAUGAAGGAACUGUUUUUGGAUGAAGCCCUUGAAGAUCGAGUACUGGACGACUUGAGGCAUCUUUGGGAGUCAAAAGUGAUGCAGUCCAAAGCAAUGGAAGACCUCAGGAAGAACAACAUCAACUCCUCCAACUUUGUUCUCCAGCUUCCUGCUAGCUACUCACAGGCCGACCAGAGCCAGGAGCUUCCAGGUUUGACGCAAACGGCUCAGAACAUCAGCAGCUUACCGGUCCAGAACAAAACAAAAGCUCUUACUACUUUUUCGCUCCCCGCUGCGCUCCCCUACCCUGUUAAGAUACCAGCAGGCGUCACUCUGCAGACAGCUUCUGGGCAACUUUACAAAGUCAAUGUUCCUGUCGUCGUUACUCAAGCUCCAGUGGGGCAGCAGCCUGUGUCCCUUGCUGCUCAAACUGUCCCAGAACAGAGCGACGCGCCAGCAGCAGCUCUACCAAAUCCCAUCCCGCUUCAUGAGCCGGAGUCCUGCUCUGAUUCUGAUUCCUUUGUUACACAAUCAAGGAACGAUCUCGCCCUGAGUCAGGAAAGCAGCCUUCCUCUGGAGCCUCCAGGUGGAGAGGUUGCACUAGGAGGAAGUGAUUUGAGCUCCCAGCCUGAACCUGCCUCUCCCUGCACUCAGCUGUUAGACUUCCAGAUCUCUGCAGAGGAGGCUGCUCUCGCACAGAAGACACAAAGCAGAGACAUUGAUGAAAUCCUGAAAGAAGUCAUAGAGGAGGAGAGGGAGAAAGCCAGCCGGGUGUGGACACUAGCUGCUAGGAAUGCUGGGAACCCGUCUGAAGUUGAUGUGGGGCUGGACUUGCACUACACCUACAGAGAGCUGUCUGAUAUAGUUCAGCUGGAUGGCCCUGCCGACGACUCGGGCCCAGAGGAGGAAGAGGAGGCUCCCAUGGAAGAGAGUGACUUCCUGGGUUUGAUCAAUGCAGAAGCAAUCAGGGCACUACAGGAGGAAAACUGCAGCGACAGCAACAGCAUUUCCUCCAGCAGUGACGAAGGCGCGGCGGGUGAACUCAACGUAGAAGACGAGGUGAGGGAUCCUCUUAAUUCUGGAGACGAUGUUGUUGAACAGGACAUCCCGGAUCUUUUUGACACAGACAAUGUGAUCGUUUGCCAGUAUGACAAAAUUCACCGCAGUAAAAAUCGCUGGAAGUUUCACCUGAAAGAUGGAGUGAUGAGUUACGGAGGCAGGGACUACGUGUUUUCUAAAGCUAUAGGGGAAGCGGAGUGGUGAUUGGAUCGUUUCAUAAAGGAAAGCCAUGAAUGAAAAUGAAGUGUGGAAAUUCAGUUAAGAGAGGCACAUUAAGGCGUUUCUGUUUCAAAUCACUGUUACUACUUGUCAUUAUUUAUCAAGGCUGAAAGUGGAGACUUUGAAGUUUCCUUUAGUUUAUUUUGCUCCAGUUUACUGAGAGAAAUGUAACAGAUUUAUGUUAUGUUUGAGAGAAUUUUAUUAAAAAACCCAUUCUCUUC